AUGGAUCCUCUUACCAUAUCCUCUGGUGUCUUCCGCAUCCUCACGGGCGCCCUCGACUCCAGCAAGUCUCUACAUGAUACCGUUCAGUCUUUUCGAAACCAUGAGCGGACAAUACGCGAGCUCCGCUCUGAGCUUGAGUCGCUUAUACAGGUCCUCGAGUCUCUCAGAGGCGUAGUCACAUCCGAUGAGGGCCCAGUGGUGUCGAUGCUCAAGAACCCAGUACUCCGCUGCCACCAAAUCUGUCAAGAUUUCAAGGCCGUCAUUCUGAAAUGCACCAGGCAUUCCUCCGGUGGCUCGCGUACAAGCUUCCGCGACUGGACCCGGAUCAGAUACAUGGGCGGCGAUGUCAGAGACUUCAAGGAUAUGCUGGCUGGCUACAAAGCCACCAUUGCGGUAGCUCUCGGGAGCCUCAACAUGCAAACUGCGCAGGUCACUCGCGAAGCAAUGGAUCAGCACAACGAGAUGAUCCAGGAAACAACAGCCGAUCUCGAAGCGCAUCUGCGUGACAUUGACCAAAAGCUUGCCGGCAUUGCGAGCCUCCUCCGACAGGAACAGGACCCCGACGCUACUGCUGCUGCUGCUGCCGAUGAAAGCAGCAGCACAGCGCAGAUGGAAGAGGAGAGACGGAGAAGCGUCCAGCAAUGCCUCGCCAUAUGCGAGAGCGCGAUAGCCCACCUGCAAAGCCUGCAAAACGAUCUUCCACCGCAGCAGCAGCAGCAGCAGCGCGAUCAGGCAGAAGAGGAAUUUUGUGCCAACAAGACCGCCCUGGCUCUCAGUGAUGCCAGGGGCAGAAUACUUGUCACGAUGACCGAGCUGCAGAAACAGCUCGCAGCAGCAACCCCAGUAAAGCCGCCGCCGCGCAACACCGAGGUCAUCUCACUCCUACCACAGCAGCAGCAGCAGCAGCAGCAGCAACAGCUGGAAGAAGAUCGAACCCAACUACUCAAGGAACUCGUCACAGCCAGACAGUGCCUCCAAGUCUGCAACCUGGCCGCCGCCGCACAGGCAUCCCGGCGAGGACUGCACGUCUUUGACGACGUCUCCGCCCAAGAGGAUAGCCAGCAAGUCAUCGUCACGACCGCCGGUGACUUGAUCAAUGCCAAGAACGUCAGAGCCGGAAACUCCUCGACCCAAUGGCUAGGCUCCAUGACGGACGCCUCGCUGCAGCAGCUCUGCGCCGCCCGCACCGCUUCGUUUUCGUACUCGCCCUCGCCUGCAAAUGAAAACGGUUCUUCGUCUGGUGGGAGCAAGUACGGGCUUGGAUAUAAGUUACAAGAAAGGGAUACUCUAGGCAUCAAGAGUAUGAAUGUCGGCAGUAGUUUGCAAAAUAGGUAG